AAAAUAUAUGGGGAUUUUGGGGGGUUUCGGUAAUUGAGGACUUUUCCGCAUUUUAUCGCACCGCUCCACCAAGGGCAAUGGCAUCCAAACUUGGGAGACUGUUGCGACCUUUUGCAAAUAGUCUAGGAAGGAUCAACCAUAGAUCAGUACAGCAGCCUCGAGUUCUAGCUCAGCUAUGCAGACUGCAGUCCACCACCACUGACAAGGAUAAAAAACCAACUGUCAGAUAUGUCGAUGCAGCCAAAACACAGAACCUGCUAGAAUUUGGGCAGUAUGUGUCAGAUAUUCUGCCAAAAUAUGUUCAAAAGGUGGAGGUGUGUCAUGGAGAUGAGCUGGAGAUAUUCAUCCACCCUGAUGGCAUAAUUCCAGUUAUACUGUUCCUGCGUGACCACCAUCACGCCCAGUUCCUCAACAUCACUGACAUCACCGCUAUAGACGUGCCAACCAGGCCGUACCGCUUUGAGCUGAUCUACAUGCUGCUGUCGGUGCGCUACAACGCCCGUAUCAAGGUGAAGACCUAUACAGAUGAGCUCACCCCCAUGGACUCUAUCACUCCCGUGCUGCCUGGGGCCAACUGGUACGAACGUGAGAUUUGGGACCUGUUUGGUGUAUACUUCACAAACCACCCGGACCUUAGGAGGAUUCUGACAGACUACGGCUUUGAGGGCCAUCCGUUCCGCAAGGACUUCCCUCUCACUGGAUAUGUUGAGGUGCGCUAUGAUGAUGAGCUGGGAAGGUGUGUGGUGGAGCCGCUGGAACUGGCACAGGAGUUCAGGAAGUUUGAGUUCAGUUCCCCGUGGGAGCACUUCCCCAAGUACCGUCUCACUGAGCCAAAGGCUCCGGAGCAGGAGAAAGUCACUGCGGGCGAAAAGGAGAAGAAAUAAGGAAAAAUAUAGGACUUGUUGUUUGAGGAUAUUAUAUAGGCCUUGAUCUAGGAAUACUGGGCGUAAUGCAUGAGCAUGUCAUCACAGAUAAGCUCAGUUUUUCUAGAAAAAGACUUAUAUGUGACGUAUUUUAUUGUAUUUCUGAUGAAAAAAAGCUCUUGGUUCAGUAAAUUAAAAAAAAUGAAGUUGAGGUUAAGAUAAAGAAUGUAUUUUAGUUGUUAACAGAGACUGUAUUGUGCAUUGUUAUAUUGGAUGGCACAUGAAAAUGAAUACCGUAGUUUUGAAUAAACUAUGAUAUGUCUGCAAA